ACAAUUUGUGUGGCACUGCAUUUACAAUUGCCCACAAAAAUGCUAAAAUUAUUAAAUAAAACGAAACAAUUGGUUUAUCCUGCUAUCCGCAGCAUUUCCAACAAUUCGUCUGUGUUAGCUUCAGCGCAACAGAGUAAUGAAGCAGUUGAGUCUUCCGACACAUCGGCCAGUCCAGAAAUUCCACAGCGACCGGCGCUGAUACUGCCUCAAAACUAUGCAGAAUACACUCCCGUUAAUAAAAAUAGCGCACGACAGGCGUGGAUUGAGAAUACGGACGCAGUGAAGGAGCGUAAAGUGGGCAUCAUUGAGCUGCAUCCCGAUGUGUUUGCCGCUCAGCCCCGUGUUGAUAUCAUACAGGAGAACAUCGAAUGGCAGCGCAAGUAUCGUUAUGUAAGUUUUGCCCAUACAAAGACACGUGCCGAGGUGCGAGGCGGUGGUCGUAAGCCGUGGCCACAGAAAGGUGGCGGUCGUGCACGACAUGGCUCCAUACGCUCGCCUCUUUUUAAAGGCGGCGGCAUUGCGCACGGACCGCGUUCACCCACCACCCACUUCUACAUGCUGCCAUUUUACAAACGCGUUUUGGGCCUUACAUCGACGCUAAGUGUAAAGCUGGCACAGGAUGAUUUUCAUGUGAUCGAGAAUGUGGAUAUACCUACACGAGAUGAGCAGUUUAUUAAGGAUCUAAUAGCAGAGCGCAACUGGGGCCCGUCGGUACUGAUUGUUGACAAGAACGACAUUUUCCCCGAGAACAUUUGUUAUGCCACCGACAAUCUGGGCUAUGUAAACCUCAUGCCAUCUUUUAGUUUAAAUACUUAUUCGAUGCUGAAACACGACACGUUAGUGCUUACAAUUGAUGCUGUUAAACAUUUGGAGGAGCGUUUGCUCUACCAACUACAUCGCAAUGAUGCCGCCAAAACUGGUGGCAAAUUCAAAUUGGAUCAAGUCUAGUUUAGUUCUACAUUUAUUUUUCAAAUGUUACUAAAAAUGUAUUGUGAAAGAAAAAAAGGGCCAGAUUAA